AGUGUAGCAGUUGGCACCGCGUUUAUUGCUUUUCAAGUGGCCACGGUCCACAUAUAGGUAAUCCUCCAUCCUAGUCGACUGUGGCGCGAGUGCUAGCUCUGACACUAGCAGUCGAGUGGUGCGAGCAUCUAGUAACGCAACAGUUUGCGCAACCAUCAUCCUUCAGCAGACUUGAAGCGCCAGCAGCGCAUGGUUCUAAUCCACGUGUUGGGGUCCUCCUGCAUAGUGUUGUUAAGCCAUCAUUGCAGAUAGAAGUCGCUAGUAUCAGUAGUGUCCUUCAAUAUCAACGCGCAAGAUUUAACGAGUUUAUCAUUCAGUCGAAGCAUAAUCAGCAAAAGCAGAACCUCAGCGCAUUGCUGUGUUCGAUGGUCGCAUCACGUUUGCGUAGAGCGCACACUGCGACCUAAGGGGGGACAGAGAUCCAUAUCGGCGCACGUUUUAUCAGUGGCCUGGGUGUAGGAUUAAUCGCGUUCGCCCAGCUAUCGAUAACACGAAACGACACGGGCAUACAGGAGGGGUUGUGAUCGUCCUCUUCGUCGUCGCCGUCGUCGCCAAUCGUUAUUUGCUGCGGAUUUUUUCGAUUUCGAAGCGGCACAGCGCAGAAGGAGUCCGAGUUGCGAACGGUGCAGAUAGAUAACGGUGCGGCAUUUUACCGACACUCGCGAUUUAGGUGAAGCACUGCUGUAGUAGGCUCUCCCAUCGAGGUUCCUUACUGCUUCGGCUCAGUCGCUGCAGGCAAGCCGUUGCUACGAUAUAGUGGUCUGGUCACAUAGUAGGCACCAUGAAAAUGUUCAUCUCAACCGGAUACACGAGACAGCAGGUAACGGUGGCGACGAUAGCAGCGAUACUGUUGAUUGCCGUUACCGAAGUAUCGACGGCCUACAGUGGCCAGGUGUUGGCGAAUAGUAAACAGGAAAACAAUAUCCAGUUACUGAGAUCGGAAAUCUGCGGUUCAAACUCGUCGUUCCGCAGUAUCGCGGUCAAAUCGCUCAGCGAUGGGCACAGUGAUCGUACGGCCGAGGGUGCAUUGUGCACGGGAACGCAGCAGACGAGCAACACAAGCGAACCGGUGUUACUAUGGAUUCCGGCGGCCAACUUUGGUGAUUUGGUUGCGGAGGGGACGGCGGCAGGAGCAACGACAGGCCGUUAUCUAGGUAAGGGCCACGGUGAUGAGGAUUUCGCUGAAUACUGCAGCUAUGACGUAACGGCGAAGGUCUGCACAACGCCCAACGGUAUUGUAGACGGCUUGAUACUGCUGCUCGCGGAGAAGUAUCCGGAGCGGUACGAGUUGAGGGAUUUGGUGUUUAAGAAAUGGACCAACAGCACACGGCUCGGAUCGCCGCUGUUAGCGUAUGGUUCAUUGAAGAACCGCGAACCUUCCUAUCGCUACAUCGAUCAAGACAUCUCAUAUCUAGCCGAUACACGGCUUGAGUACAUCCUGCCGCCAACCGUAACCCGCGGUGUAUUGCUGUCCGUGUUUCGGGGGCAGACCGAAGGGUACAAGCUAGUUGCAGGGGACCCGCACUAUAGCCGCCAAUUCCAGACCCUAAAUGCCAUCCGGUACCUGAGCCCAAACACCAUAGUUAAUAUCUCCGUCAUCGGUACGGAGAGCCGUAAUUAUCGCGAGUUCCGCGCCAAACUGGUGACGGUGUACAGUAACGAAGAGGGUUACGGAUGGGCCAAAUCCGUUUCACCCAUCGAGGGUGCGACCAUCGAAACGAAACUGACGGAAGCACACGUCGAAUAUGGACCACCAGUGGCCGAUGGUCAGACAGCACCGCAACUGCGACCACCACAGCAACUUCCCGCCGCCCCCGAAACGAACAGACCGGCCACCUCACCCAUCUCCAAACCGAUUCAGGCCAAGCCGGAGAACAUUCACAUACACAUCAACGAGCUGGACAUCGGGCAAGCGUACCCGGGCUUCCGCAAUGUGGCCAUCUGUGCGGCCAUUUUGUUCUUCUCCGUGCUUGGCAUCGCGUUAAUCGACAUGAUUCGCCGAACCAUUGCCAAUCGUCGCGCCAAGCGGUUGGGCACCGGCAAGUAUAGCCGUGUGUAGAGGGUCCGCGUGGCCGAACGGUGCGAUGGUACAGAGGACGUACAGUUAAUAGUGACGAGGGUUAUUUAAAAUUGUAGAUGCGUUUCGCGCCUGUUUUAUUACCACAUUCCUAGUCCGCGUUCAGCAAGUAUUAGGCACCCCGUAGGCUUAGCGCUGUACCGCGGCUAGCGGAACAUGUUAUUUAAAAAAAACCGAAAAAGUG